AUGUGCGUGGUAGCGCUCAAGCGCGAGCUGUGCAUCAAGGCUGCGGCCCCCAGCUUUCAAGCGCUGAUUGUGAACGAGUCCAAUCUGCCAAACGUCUUUGUGAGCUUAGAGGACUUCACUGUGUGUGUCCAAGUGCGGACGAAAUCCGGCAGGCUCGAGUCAGCGCAGUCCUCAAUAUCCAUUCUGGAUCAGGCGAUGCCGGUGGCAGUGACUGUGGUGGUUGAUGGGUUGCUGGUCUUCCUCUACCUCAACGGCAAAGAAGCUUUGGACCAACCCAAGCGCCUCUCAGACUAUGCUGCAGAGGUCCAGGCUGGGGACAUCCUCUGUGGCCGUUCUCGCAAGGCGGUAGAGGCACUGGAACGUGGCGACGUGCGUCGAGAAGAGGACCCGGUGCUGGCAGGUGCCAUGCUCAUGCUCCGCUUCUUCCCGAGAGCCAUGGUUGCUUAUGAAGUGGACUCCAAGAUGCAAGUGGCACGCAGCCAAGCAGCCAAAGUGUUGAAACGAAAGCCCGGCAGCACAUCUGACGAAAUCCCUCUGACAGUAUACAAUAUCAUUGAAGUGACACAGCUUGUUAUUCAGUUCACGCAGGUUCAGCUCAGUGAUGAGUCGCUGGCAGCAAUGGGCAGGAAGAAAGCUGGACUUCAAGAGGUCCUGGAUCCUGACACGAUCAUGUGGAUGGUCCUGGCACUGGGCACAGCGGCCAUAUACCUGCCCCACCAGCAUCCAAAGUUUCUGGAUCUCAUCAAGCAACCUUUUGUGAAGGUAAUGCAGAUGAUUGCUGGCAUCAUUGAUGGUGCAAGCUCCAAGCAGUCUCUGUCCAACUAUGAACAAGCAUUCAUUGCAGCGUGCACUGUCUACGUCGCAUUUGUGUUGGCUUCUCCGCGUGGCAAGAACAUCAUGCAGGAUGACCUGGCAGCAAAGCUGAUCAUCAAGAUGAAUGCCUUCAGUGACAGCCCAAUCGACUUUAGCGACUACGUGAUCAAGAACUGCCAAAGUGUCUCGUCGCGGGUUGCCGUGUUGAUACUGCGAGCAAGGCAGGAAACUCCUGCAACGCUCGCGCUCGUCCUCGACGCAAUCAUCACUAGAAUUGUGAACGAAGAUGGUGUAAUCUUCAAGGAGGAUCUCCAGGAGUUUCUCGUCGAUCAGGGCCUUGGAGCUGUGGUUCAGGUCCUCGAUUACGUCGGCAGGGGCCUCCUGCAAAUUGAGCGCCGUGAGCGCGAUCGGAAGAAGAUGGCAUCAUGGCUUACCUCGGCUGAGAAUGAGGAGCGUGCACGUCAAGAGAAAGCGGAUCGCUUGGCUCUGGAGCAAGUGGGCACAUUGGCAGCGCGAAUGCAUCGCCAGCUCUUCCUGCAGCUUCACCAUGUCAUGGACGAGGUAAUUCAUGGGCUUCCCUUGGAUGAGGUGUCCAUGCUGGCCCUGGUGAAGAUGGUCGGGACAGUGCUAGAGGUCCCGCAGGUCAACUUCAUGCCCGCAACAUCCUUGCGUGCCGACCGGAUGCAAGACAUAGAGGUGGCUGAAGGCAUGCCGUAUGAAUGCUGGCGCAACAUCUGUGAGCUCUCUUGCGACAAGUUGCGGGUUUGGACUGAGAAAUUCUAUCCCAUGUCGCUGCGGACAUUCGGCGAGGUAUCGACCAUGCUGGAGGAUCUGCAGGAGCAGGUGGUGGUCCGCGACCGUCGGCACAUCAGCUCGCCUCGUUUGGAGAUAGGGGCUUUAUCGUGCCUGCCCCAGGUUUGGGUUCAUUUCCAAUCCUCGCAGCCAGAGUUCCUCACGGAUACAGAGGUGCGCGUUCUACCUGUGCAUGAACCACCUCUGGAGCUUCCACGCAAGAAGUCAGGUCACAAGUACUGCGCAGAGCCUUCACGUCUCGUGGCCUUCGCGAACGCAGUAUUACGUAAUCCCCGCUUCAAUGAUGAGGUGUACGCCAACACAGUCGUCCUGCUUGCCGAACUGAAUCUGCCAGAGCUCUACACAUCCAUGGUGCCUUUACUUGUGCAGACCGCAUUGCAGUCUGAUUGGCUCUGUCGCUUGGUAUCCCAUGAAGUUCUUCACAAUGUGCUGUAUCCAGACAAGCACCUGCUGCCACUCCUCUAUGAGGCUGUGCUAUCACCAGCGCCGGUGCAGACGCGAUACGAGCUGCUGGAGCUUUGCAGGCGGAUUGCCCACUCUUCGUUCACACCUUCCGAGGGCUUUGAAGAGUUCCUGCAAACAUUGCGGAACAGGCCACCUCCCAGCCUGCACCCGGAGGGCAGCUCGUCAUCCCGCGCAGUACCCACAUCCAUGAAGCCAGCGCACGAUGUCUCGGUUGUGGGGCUGGCUACCAUGAUCAUCGCCCGGGACAUCAAUGCCUGCGAGCAGGCGAUUCUGGAGAACCAGUACCAUGAUGGAGUUGUUGUUGACGGCGACAAGCCUUUCUUUCUGUGGCGGACGUUUGCGGAUUUGGUGUCGUCCAGGAAGCGUGAUCUGCAGAAAGCCACUGCUCGUUUCCUGAAUACACUGUUCUGGAGGCUGCCGCAAGACACAAUUGAGCUUACCACCCGACCUCGAGGGCAGAGCUCUGAAGAGUACUGGAUGUUGCCGCGACUGCUUGAUGCCCUGGGACACCCGGACGAUGAGGCAGUGGAAGAUCUCCUGCAAGUCCUGUCUCCCUUGGCCUCACCUGUGCAAGCCGUGAAGAAAGAGGACUUGGAGGAAGAGUUUGCCCACCUUGUGUUUGCCCCACAGCACACUUUGUCGCGGGAAAGGGAGACUUCGGCGCAAAGGCUUCUGCGGGAGGCUGCUGGCAUGAUCAGCGAUGGCGAGCGGGUCAGCGUGUUGGUCUACCUUCUUCGUUUGCUUCGGCCUCGAUUUCUGCGUCGGGCGUUGGACUGGAAGGCUUCUGUACGAGACUUCGUGUGGCUGACUUGGUUGUUCAAGUCCUCGAGUCGGGUGGUCUUCCUGGACAACGUUGGGUUGCCUGCAGCUGAGAUGAUAAAUGAAGAGGCUUUUACAUUGCACGUGGUGCCGUAUGUGCAGCUCAAAGGCGCAGACUCUUCGGUGGUUGACUUUAUCGUCAGCGAGGGCAACUGUGAUGGCCAGGAAGCGCCACAAGCGGAAGAGAGCGAAGACAAGGCGGGUGACCUUCGUCUGGUUCGCAGCGCAUGUUCACCGAAGGUUCUUGUGCCGCUGGCGCAGGGCUCAGUGGAGUCAGUAGUGUAUGCCAGUGGCAGUCUUGUGGAUGCUACACCUCAUGCCCAAGAAUGUGAGGUCAUGCAUCUAUCGCAAGGAGCACUGGCCAGUGCUUCUAGCACAGCCAAGAGGAUGCUUGCCGCGCACGCCGCCCAGGCUUUCUUGAUCCACAGGUUGGAGCAGGUGCCAGAUUCGCUGUUGUCACUGUCCGAGGGCUCAGACGUACUUGGCAUAGACUUCGGGAUGAUCCCAAAGCUUUGCACCCUCCGAUUCGACUUGGAGUGCGACCGCGGGGAAGACACAAGCGCUUUGCUUCAGGUAGGUUCUGACGAGUCCAAGUGCCGGGAGGGGCUCAGAGUGACUUUCGAGUCAGAAAUCGAGGCUCGGACGAACAAGCCGAAGGCAACUACCUGGAGCAUUUUGGAAGGAGUUAUAGCAGCUGCGUUGCCUGCAGCGCCAGGAGGCCUGGCCGGUUUGGCAGGUGGCUAUGGUGCCAUACCGAACGGGUAUGUAGAUCUGCAGCGCUACUCUCCCUAUGGCGUUGCUGGUCUGCAGACAAUGCCAGCGGGAUAUGGCGCUGUUCAAGGAGCCAUGCCUGGAGUGGCCAUGGGCGGUGUAGCACUUUCAGGAGGAAUGCCAGGUGCCAUGUCUGGGGCGCUUCCAGCAGGCUAUGCUGUGCUACCCGGCACUGCAGGCAUGCAGCUAUCAGCGCCAACAGCAGUGCCUGCCCUGCCUCCGGGCUGGGAGCAAGCGGUAGACCCAGCAAGCGGCAAGGUCUACUAUGCAAACAGAUCGACGGGAGAGACCAGCUGGUUACCUCCAGCAGCACAGAUGCCACCCCCAAUGAUCGUUUCCACGGCCCCUGCGCCGGGCACGGCAUGCAUGGCAAAUGCACCAGCAACAGCACUAGCAACGGCACCAGCGGCCGCGACUGCGACCGCCCCAGCUGCCACCCCAGCAAGUGAAACAGCUGAACCGGGUAACGCAACAGCGACUGCGCCGGAAUCCGCUCCAACAACGGCUCCUGCGGAAGCUGCGCAGGCUGUAGACGGAGCGACUGCUCCGGCAGAAGGAGCUAGCCAAGCUCAACCAGCAGCUGAGGCACAGCCAACACUUCCUCCUGGAUGGGAGCAAGGAGUGGACCCAGGAAGUGGCAA